CCGUGGGAGGGUGCGCGGUGCUAGUGGAAAGGGGGCUGGGAGGGAGGUGGGGGGACACGGUAGUGGAGGGAAAGGGACCCUCGCAGGGCAAAGACCCCCCGCUGCCGGGCUGUGGGGUCAGUCUCGCUGUGCCUUCCCCCCCCUCCCCCUCCGUUCCUGGGGGGGGGGGGUGAAGCCCUGAAGCGGUGCUGUGGGGAGGCGGUGGGCACCCCAGCUCGGGUACCAUAGCUGGGGCUGGGGGCAGCAUCUUCUCCUGCAUCCCUGAGCAGGGCUGCCCUGCAGCUUUGCGAUCCGUUCUUCAGGGGAAGCAAAACUCGCCCAGAACCGUCCUGCCCGGCUGCGGAGCAAGCCCACUGCCCUGGAGCCGCCGCUGGAACCUGCUGAGAUACUUCAUGGGCUCUCAACAAGAAGCAGCAUCGUGUGCGUGUGGUCCCUUCGCAAGAUGAAACACGUAGCGGCGUCGCCAUUGGAUAAGUUUUUGCAAGUCCUGGCUUGUUAUUUAAACAAGACCGGGCUGCCCGUUGUGAUUUUUGGGCGCGCGUACCCCUGCUCCCUCUCCUGAGCGGUGCUUACACCGACCAACAGCUCACGUGUCCCGAGGGCUCUCCCCCUGGGGAUGUUUCCCCUUGAGCUCAAAGAAGCAGCAGUUGACCUGGACCGACCCAGCGGGGUGUAUUUUGGAGCUGCUGGGAAAGAGCUCUCGUGUUUGGAGCUAUUCUUGAGCAGAUGACUGAGAAAGUAAUGAAUGGGAGGGUGCCCCUGCCUGAAAAAGCCUUGUCCGAGGGCUACGCCCGGCUGCGGUACAGGGACACCUCCCUACUCAUCUGGCAGCAGCAGCAGCAGAAACUGGAGUCGGCCCCCCCCAACACUUACCUGAGCCGGAGUCGGAGUAUGUGGUACUCACAGUACGGCAACGAAGCCAUCCUGGUACGGGACAAAAACAAGCUGGAUGUCUCCAGGGACACUGGGCAAUCUAAGUUUUGUGCUAUUAUGUAAUUUCGGCGGGUUUGCGUUAGAAAUCCACGCGUGGAGACAAACCAGACUUGCACCGAGCCGGAGGAGGUGGGUUUGCACCAUCCUCACGGCAGCCCCGUGGCUAACGCGGUGUGUAGGCCAGAAGGGCUGUCAGCAGUUUACGUUUGUUUUCGCUGUUGGUAGCAUCAGAUUUUGCAUGUCAUUGUGCGUAACAAAAACAGUCUCACUCGGGAACUCGUGAGCCUGUGUUUGCUGCCUAGCAUCUUGGCAGGGUCCAUGCUGGACCAUGUGUUGCUUGUAAGUGGCUCGUGCACCAUGAGAAACACCCGCUGUCAUUUGGGAGCCAGCCCCAGCAGGCACUUUUGUUUCCUGGACCUUACGCAUUGCCAGAGCUCUGCGAGUGGUGGUGGGAGAAGUGAGCGCAGAUCCCUUUCCAUCGAGGAUGAGAUUUUGGGAAGGCGAUCUGCAAAAUUAUCUGGCUGUUACUUGUUCCGCUCGCCCUGUCUCCCUUUAAUUACUGCCCUGGAAGUGGUCUCUCACAACCAGGUAAUGAAGUGAUUUACUGUAGAGGGGAAGAGGGAAAGAGUAUAUGGAGGAUUUAAUCCGAGCCUCCAAAACACCUGGCAGGAAAGGCGGGCGGCAGCUUCAUGCUGUGCAGAGCAAAGGGCCCUCUCUGAUGCCACAGUUUGGUGCUGUGGAAAUAACCGACGGGACUUUGGGAGUAGAUCCCCAGUCCACGCUGCGGGAACGAGCACCAAGUGAACCAUCUGAAAGGGAGGGACAGGCCCAGCAGAGCACCAGGAAGAAAGCUCCUGUAAAUACAGCUCCUGCUAGGGGACGUAAAGGAAACUCCUACACAGCACAUACCCACCCCCAGAGAUCAGUUACAGAAGAAAACAGUCUACUGAAGUUUGCUUUGCAUCCAAGUUUUAAUGCAUGCAGUAGCUUGGGAGGGUUUAUCUUCUAAUUGGGGUUGGAUAGUAGAUUUGGUGCUUGUAUUUUCAAAGUUGUGUUUGGGAGUGUUUUGGCUAACUGAAGGAUUUUAGGAGGGGAAAAUAUUACAAAUGCAGUUCUUGGGAAUAGAGAGUGUUUUCAGGUUGUUUCCGUUAAGAGCUGAAUCCAUUAAGAGCUCAAGGCAAGGUCAAGCUGAGAAACUCAACCCAGCAAGCACCUAAAACCUUUAUUAAAAGCAAAGCAGUAGCACUUCUGGGGUGCUAAUUACGUGCCCAGGGUUCAGCAUUAAAGUGUAACAUUGGGCUCAAGUCAUAGACCCGCCUAGGACGUCCUCGGGCAGCCCCGCGUACCUAAUCCAGCAGCGCUUAGGUACAGGCUUAACUUCAAGCAAAUCGGUAUUUGAUGCUGACUUCAGUAUGGAUUAUUUACCUGCCUAAAAUUAGGCAUAGUCAUUAAUUCUGUUAAUAUUUAUCUAAAACCUCUUCUGCGUUUUUGAAGCACUUUAAUACAGUGAAGGAGAAUCUCUUCCACCUCUCCCGCGUGGGUUAAAUGCUCCAACACAGACAGUCACGUUUGCUGAACUCAGUGUGCUGAGCGGAACACACCACGUUUUAACACAAGAUCGUAGAGGUUUGACGCACUCAGCCCUGAUCUGUAGCACGUGUAUGCACUGCAAACCAUAGGCAGCUUUUUUUUUUAAAAAAAAAAAAAGUACUAUUUAUGCAUGUGUUGAUGUUUGGUACCUUACACUCGUGCUCAUAAAACUAAAUGUGCUGAUGGACCUCAGUGCUUCAGACCUGCACGCUCCCACAGCCCUCGCGAUCUUGCCAGGACGAGCUCUGGAUGGGAAAGAUUUUGGUGAAUAAGUGGUUUUCAACUGGGGAAAAAGCAUUUAAUGAGAUUCGCCAAAGUAGCAGGACUCAGAAAGCUGCUGGCAGCAGUUCUGGGCUCAGCUGAUGGGGCUGUUUAAGGGGAGGAGGUGAGGCUGAGAGCUCCCCUGGGAGUCGUGGGGGGAAAAGACCUGGAGAGGGGGCUCAGGGCCUUUCCAGCAGCCCAGGGGAGCAUGCGAACUCUGGGAGUUUAAGGAACAGCACAUCCCCAAAACCAGCUGUUCCUUUUCUUUACUUUUCUUAUAGAAAAAAACAUAGGUUUGGUGUUUUUUUUUUUUUUUUUCUUAAUUUCAGUAAGAAAGUUGAUUAUUUUGGGUAUAAUCAGUCUCUUUGUUUAUGUGGCUGGUAAACCAAAAUUCAGUUAUUUGAAGAGUGUUAAUUGAACUACACAAGAAUAAAAACUGAAGUAUGUGCAUAAAUUCUUCCAGGAUGGGCAUGACAGUACAGGAGGAGUGAGACUUGUUCUUCCAUCUCGCUGUGAAUGUAUUAUUUUCCAUAUCUGUGUGUCCUUAUUAGUCACAGCAGGUUUGUGGAGUGGCUGCUAUGAGCGAGCAUUUCAGUAAGCCUGUUGUGUAGUGUCGAUGCACUCGUUUAAAACGCUGCUGUAGCCUCUUUGAUAAAGUGCAUUAAAAUGAUUUGAAUGCA